AUGUCUCUAUACAUACCUUGGACAUGGUCUAUACCACAUCAAAAGCACUACUCAUAUCUAUUGGGAUCUGAUGGCAGAAUUGUCGACACGUUGUGGUCCAGUGAAUUGAACUCAUCUGCCCCUAGCGGAGAGCCUUCUCUCGCCGGCGAAGUAACCAAAACUACACGUCUCCCGCCGGUCGCGCCACCGCCUCCCUAUCCUGCCCAAUCACAGCAGGCCUCGCAAACUAAGCCGUCAUUGACAUCAAGUACAACAAUCACGUCGACCACAGAGCCUGCGAAGGUACCUCUAGGCAACUUUAUCCGGGGAACCUACAUAGUUAUGGAUGGUCGGCCAGACGCCCACUACGAGACAUUCGAUUCAUCAUUUUAUGCCAGGGACCAUAGCUUUUUCGAAGAGGGCAAGAUAUUUGCUAUCAUCCUUACAGAGCCAGAUGAUCAACUAGACGAAAGAAGCUCCGUGAUUGACUACGGUAAUCAGCAGUAUGCCAAGAUACGCCGACUCAUCGUUGUUCAGAGGAAGAGAAAAUGUUUCUUCGCCAUUCCAAUUCGUACAUAUGGUAAAGAAGGGACCGCUAAACCCGGUGUUAUUCCUCAAGAUCACUCGAUCGCGUACCAAUACGGUAGUUUUCCACAACGUGUAAGUGGAGAAGAACAGCUAUCGAACGAUGCAAUCUGUCUUGUCAUGAACAACGGCGAAUCCCUUGAUGUCGCGUCACGAAUCAACUUUGGUACCCAUUACCCAGUGGAGUAUAAUGUGAAAGUCAAGGAUCUUGGCUAUGUAGACCCUAAAAUGCUUCCAAAGCUCCUGAAUUACUGGCGCUGGGAAAAGGAACGGGAUAUGGAAAAGGGAGAGGACUCGUUCAUCACAGAGAGCUACUAUGACUAG